GUGUGAGCAGACUCUUUUCAAUGCUCCUGGGGAGGCCCUGGCCCUGACCGAUGCUGCCCGGCUCUUCCUGCUCUCUGAGAAGGAGAACAGAGCACUACAAGCCCCAGGCUUCGACGAGCACCUGCAGGCCGCACUCAACUGCUACAGCUUCGCCAUCAAGGUGUACAUUGAGAUGAACCAGCCUGUCAUGGCCGCCAGUCUAUCUCUGGAACUUGGCAAUGCCCUCAAGGAGAUGAACAGACCAGGUGAGGCCAUAGUUCACUACCAGAGAGCAGCAGAACUCCAGACACAGCAGCCCAUUGAGUCUCUGCUGUCUAUGGGAGAGAUGGCCACCUGCAAAAUACUCACCCGUGACUAUGACGGCGCGCUGUCCGUGCUGACAGAGAUGCAGCUGAUGUGUCAGGAGAGGGGACUGCAACUGCCCGGCACCAGCACCCCCGUUGGUGCAUUUCUGGACAUUGUGGCCAAGUGUGAGAUUUCUAGAGUACUUUUGCUGAUGCUGCUUGAGCCUCCUCCCCAGAAGUUGUUGCCAGAGCAUGCCCAGACCCUGGAGAGAUACGCCUGGGAGUCGUUUGACCCUCAUAGUCAGGUGACCUUCCUACCUGAGAAUGUCUUCCUGCUUCUGCAGUCAGUUGUGGUAUGUGGCGUAUUUCCUUACUAGACUCUAUCACACAAAAUAGCUGUGUACUGGCCCUUGAUGUACUGGUGAGAAGGUCAAGUGUCUCACAUGAGGAUUAAUAUGAGCAUAAUUGUAGCACUGAGUCAACUUUAAAGCAAGAAACCGUCGUUGCUACAUCCUUCUGUAGCUCAGUUGGUAGAGCAUGGUGCUUGUAACGCCAGGGUAGUGGGUUCGAUCCCCGGGACCACCCAUACGUAGAAUGUAUGCACACAUAACUGUAA